AUGGGUCCAAGUGCUGAAAAUCGAGAAAAUGAACAGCUUGUCUAUUCUCAAGAAGGCUCAAGGGCAUCCACCGAACUUGCUCAGAGUUUGCAAAUAGAUAUAUCAGAGAUCGGUCCUAACAACUUAACUGCGAAAGAACAGGAAGCUGAAGAUGAGCGAAUGUUUCAGGGUGUAAAGGCCUUUUUUUGCAAUCAAUACUCAGAGGCUCAAGAUAUUUUUGCCGAGAAAGCAGACUUUGAGCCACUGUAUGCCCUUGGCCGAGGAUGUAUAUCGUUUCUAAAAGCCGUCACAACAUUUAACGAGGACGAUAUAACACUUGCUAUAAAACACCUUUCUUUCGCCGAAACUUUGGCUAGCACACAACUUCAUGCAUCGAAACCCAGUUUUACUUCGAGUUUUACUAAAUUCUUCUCUGGUCGAAAACAUUUCAUGGCCAAUGGACAAUUACGAAGCAUGGUUAUCAAGGCAGAAUCAGUUCUGCUAAUUGCUUUGAUUCAGUUGUUUCAGGAGAGUCUGGUCAGCUAUGGCAAGGCAGCAUUGAAUUUGAGACGAGGAUACAAGAGUUACGAACAGGUGUGGGAUGAAAUGAACAAAAGCGAUUUUCCGGGUCCUGUUGAUCGACAUACCAAAGGUGGCGUCGAAUUCGGUUUCGGAACAUGUAACCUUGUGCUUUCGUUUCUUCCCGGAAAAAUUAUCAAAUUGAUCGCAGCUGCAAUCGGGUAUAGAGGAAAUAAAGAGUUGGGUGUUCAGCUGGUCAAUGAUUGCCUGCGUGGACGAGGCAUAAGAUCGCCCUUGGCAUCUAUUUUAUUUGCAGCCUCGUAUACAAUAUUGACAUCUUUUGUGCCAGUAAUACUCGGCACGGACUACAUCCCAAAAGCUGACUCUUACAUCCAAGAUGCGCUUCAACAAUUUCCCGGAUCGGACUUUUUUACAUUCUUUGCGGGUCGUAACCUGCGCUUGAAACGUGAAUUGCAAAAAUCAACAGUUGCCUUCAAGUCUGUUAAUCAGAGUCUGGCUACGGGAUUUGGAGCUGAAUUGAGGCGCUUGUGUGAUUACGAAUUAGGAAUGAAUUAUGCUAUGAUGCUGGAAUGGGAGGCUGCAGCUAGUUGUUUCGCUAAUCUUGCAAAAGAAGGUUAUUGGAGUCCAGCAUUCUUUACUUAUUUUCAAGCCAGUUGCUUAGUGAUGGUGGGGAAGAUGGAGGAAGCCAUUAAAAUCUAUUCGCAAGUUGCCGGUCUUGUUGUUCGUAAGUUUGGAGGACGGACAAUAUUAAUAGAGCAAUAUGUGACGCGGAAAGUAAAACAGUAUGCAGAAGACGAUUUCAAAAAUAUUGUGCUUCCUGGUCUUGAAAUCAUGCUUAUUUGGAAUAGCUUUGGAUGUAUGACACAAGAGCUACUGCUCAAAUGUAUGGAAAUGACGGACGCUAGACUGAAUGCUCUAGAAGAAGCUGAUGAAGACAUAUCAACCGGCAAGUAUGAUGUUGGAGCAAUGCUGAGGCUUAUCAAAGCAUCCAUAUUAAAUCAGUUGAAACGGUUUUCAGAAGCGCACGAAUGCCUUACGUGGAUCUUUGAUCGGGAUGACCGAAUAAAAGAGGACAAGUUUGUUCUUCCAUUUGCAUAUUGGGAAGCAGGUUUGAUUGCUUAUCUCAAAGGUAAUUUAGAAAAGGCUCAUGGACUUUGGGAAGAAGCUGGCAGAAUUAGUGGAUACGAAUUUGAACUUAGACUCGCUUUGAGGUUACAUUUAGGAAUAAUGAAAGUGAACGAUUUAACGG